AUGUCUAUCUUACCAGGUAUUGAUAGUACGCCCACUACAAAUGAACUAUUUGAAGGUACCAAUGAAAUACAUAAAUUAGAAAUUGAAAAAGGUUAUGAAUGGAAAGUUGAAGUAAAUGCUGAAUCUAAAUUAGUUAUUGAAGUGAAAUCUGGUAUUGCAGAAAUAUUUGGUACCGAGCUUGCCAAUGAUAUUGAAUAUUCUUUUUACAAUAACAAAUUUUCGAUAUUGGCAGUUGAAGAUGUAUCUUUAGAAUGGAGAUGUCCUGAGAUACCUGAACAGAAACUGAUGAUCGGUGAGAAUAAGACUGCUAAAUAUGUUUACAACUUACAUUUCUCUCUGGAAAAGAUGAGGGCGGCCAGUUUUGAUGGUCCUAAAGUCAUGAUAGUCGGUGGUUCAAAUACCGGUAAAACUGCUCUAGCAAGAACACUUUGUUCUUACGCAAUUAAAUACAAAUCAUAUCAGCCAAUGUUUAUUAAUUUGAAUCCAGAAGAAGGUAUUUUCUCAGUUGCUGGUUGUCUAACCGCUACUCCAAUUUCUGAUAUUCUAGAUGUUCAGUCUACUAUAUGGGGACACAGUAUGACCAGUGGUGCAACAAUGCUACAUAGUAAACAACCACUAGUUAAAACAUUUGGGUUGGAACAUAUUAAAGAAAACCAAGAUUUAUACCUAGCUACAUUAAAACAGUUGUCAGAAGUCGUUAAAUUAAGACUACAAAAUGAUGUCUUAGUCCAUAGAUCUGGCUGUAUUAUUGACACACCACCAAUUUCAGUUAUGGAUGAUGAUUUAACUGAAUUAACUACUACAUUCAAAGAAUUUAAUGUCAAUGUUGUAAUACUUUUAAGUGAUGAACAAGAAGAUCCACUUUUAACAAAAUUAAAUGAUAAAUUGUCAACAAUCUCAUCUAGCUUUAAUCUUCUAAGACUUCCGAUAUUAUCAGGGGUAAUAGAAAGAGAUGAUGUAUUCAAGAGAUCGCUGCAAAGACUAGCAAUUAGAGAAUACUUCUAUGGCAGUCCAUCCGUAGUUUUAAGUCCAUAUACCAUAGGUGUAGAUUUCGAAGAUAUCACAGUUUGGAGGCCAAUAAAUUUCAUAGAAAACCCAGAGGAAACAUCGCAAUUGUUACCAACUCAAUUAUUGCCAGUAGAAGUGAAACCAACUACAUUACAACAUGCACUAGUAGCCAUCUCAUACGCUGAUCGAAAGGCGAAUGAAAGCAACGUUCAAUUAGCACCAACUCUUGGUUUUGGUUUAAUCACUGAAGUCAACGACAAGAGAAGGAAACUUCGUAUUCUGCUUCCUGUACCUGGUAGGCUCCCUGAUAAAGCAAUGAUCUUAACAGCAUAUAGAUACUUAGAAUAA